AUGGAGGACGAAUACGAAGUCCUAUGCGGCCAGCAGCCGCUGCUGGCCGUGCCCCAGCGCAGCGCCGAUGGGCGCUUUGACGUGCUGCGUGUGCUGGGGGGCGGCUCCGCCGCGCAAGUUUAUGAGGCUGUAGACAUGCACAGCGGCGAGGCGGUGGCUCUGAAGAUUUUGGCGCCGGACCAUGCAGCCCCCGGAAGCUGCGGCGUUGCUGCUGGCGCCUUGGCAGCAGCGGCAGAAUUCGACUCAUAUCAGGCUCUCGGCGCCACAGCGCACGGCGACCCCGGCAGCUGCGCCGCCGACCUAGCCUCUGCGGCUGCGCACGGCAUACCCUUCGCCUAUCAGCAUGGCGUCCUCACCGUGUCCCACCCAAACACGCAAGCUUCUGCCUCGCCACCAAGGCAACCCGUUUCCGACCCCGCGUGCCCCGCCCCCAUGCACGCCGCACCCCGCCACGACGCCACCGCCGCCGCUGCCGCCGCCCUCGGCAACCGACGCUACCCCUACCUCUCGCUGCAGCUGCUCGGCCCAGACCUGUUCACGCUGAUGGAGCGCGGCGCGUUUGACGCGAGCCAGGCGGGGCGCGACAGGCUGGCGGAGGUCGGGCGCAGCAUGGUCACGGCUCUUGAGUUCAUCCACGACCGUGGUCACGUCCAUGGAGACCUGAAGCCGGAGAACAUCGUGGCGCCGCGGCCCAUGAGCCCCUCGAGCCCCUUGCCGCCGGCCGGCCCACCCCCAGCGACGCGCCCGGGCGCCGCGCUCGACCGGCAGCUGCCCGCCAGCUUCUACCUGGUUGACUUUGGCGGCAUGUCGAGGAUCGACGCCGCCGGUGCGCGCAUGUGA